AUGGCCGCUCGGCGGCGCCGGACCACCGUCAAAAUCCCAUCUCUGAGGCUUGUGUUACUGGGCAUUAUGUACGAGCUCCGAGAUUCGCCUGGCAAAGGCAAGGGUCUGUUUGCCUCGGCGGCCGGCGUCCGGCAGGGCGAUCGCAUCAUUGCCGAAGCCCCUAUCCUCACCAUCGACCUUGCCCAGUUCCGACUGCCGCCAGCAGAGCUCGAGCUGCACCUCGAGGAGAAACUACAGAGUUUGGAAGCUGACCAGCGUGCCGAUUUCAUGUCCCUGUCAACCAACGGCGCCAACGAAAGCCACCCGCUGUCCUCCAGGUUCCUCACCAACGCGCUCGGGACCGACGAAAAUGGCAACGACGACAGGCAGGAUCAGCAGGAACAAGAGCAAAAACGUCGCCAAAAGCCACAAGGCAAUACCGUCCCAGCCGUGUUCCGCAAUGCUUCCCGCCUCAACCACUCGUGCAUCCCUAACUGUCACUAUUCGUGGGACCAGGCCACGCGCACAUGUCUAGUACACGCGAUUACAGAUGUGUCCCCGGGCGACGAGCUCACAGUCGCCUACAACUCGCAUGGCACCGCCAAGACCAUGGCUGAAAUGGAGACCACCCUGCAGUUUAGGUGCGCAUGCCCUCGUUGCAGCCUACCGCCGGACGAAGUAGCGGCGAGCGACGAGCGGCGGCGUGAGUUGAAUGCCAUAUUGGCCGAGGUGGAUUUGGCGUACCGGGCGGCGGACCCGAGAGAUCAUAGCAGGAUGGUGUAUGAGGACAACAAGAAAGGAGAGGAAGGGGUAUAUGGGCGACAAAAGUGUAUCAGUAACGUUCAUACGCAGCCGUCGCCGUCGUUUUUCGCACCGGCACGGAUCCUACCGCUGUGUCGCAGGAUCGUGGCGCUCCAGCAGCUCGAAUUCGGCAGCGCGCCGACCACAAUGACGUACGAGCUGGGUUUGGCAAUGCAUUACGCCAGCAGCAGCUGCUUCCUGCACGACGACUACGUGCGGGCUUCUGCGUUUGCGGCCAGGGCGCUGGCGGCUUUUACAGUGUGCGAGGGUGCUGACGGCCAGAACGCGCGGACAUAUCGCGACCUGACGCGGGAUCUCGCCAGUACCAUACGGUCCAAGAAGCCUCUGGCCGGUAACCAGCAGGCGUAUGACCGUUGGUUGUGGUUGCCUGAGUAG